AUUGGAAAGAUCGGCGAGAGAGCUGCUGCUGCUGCUGCCAGUCCCCGCUUCACCACUAACGGACCUCCUGUUCCACGCAAGAAGAGUGCAGAGCAGAGUGGGACGGACUUGGAUGUCAGUCAGGAGCUCCCGAUGAGGCAGUAAAGAUCCAAAAAUCUCACCAGCAAAUCAAGCAACAUGACGAAGAAACUAUGUGGCACCAAUUACCCAACCAGCAUCUGCUUCAUAGUGGUGAAUGAGUUCUGUGAACGCUUCUCCUACUAUGGCAUGAAAGCGGUGCUGACACUGUACUUCCUCACCUACCUGAAAUGGGACCAGGAUCUCUCCACUGCUGUCUACCAUGCAUUCAGCAGCCUCUGCUACUUCACACCCAUACUGGGAGCUAUCAUUGCUGACUCCUGGCUUGGAAAAUUUAAGACCAUCAUCUACCUGUCCAUUGUGUAUGUGAUCGGCCAUGUGGUCAAGUCGGUCGGUGCGAUUCCCACUGUGGGGAACAGCAGUGUGCACAUUGCUCUGUCCAUGGUAGGUCUGAUACUCAUAGCCUUCGGCACCGGAGGAAUCAAACCGUGUGUGGCAGCAUUUGGAGGAGACCAGUUUGGCGAAGAUAAUGUCCGUGAGAGGCAGAAAUUCUUUUCCAUUUUCUACAUGUCCAUCAACGCUGGGAGCCUCUUGUCGACUGUGAUAACCCCUAUACUGAGAAGUGAUGUACAGUGUUUCGGUGGUGACUGCUACGCUCUGGCCUUCGGGGUUCCUGCAGCUCUGAUGAUCGUAGCUUUAGUUGUGUUCAUUGCUGGCAGCGGCAUGUACAAGAGGACUCCUCCCCAGGGAAACAUCUUGUUGGAAGUCUGCAAUUGUAUUGGGUUUGCCAUCAGAAACCGCUGGCGGAGGAGGAGGUAUGAGCCUCAGAGGAACCACUGGUUGGACUGGGCUGAGGAGAAAUACUCGAAUCGUCUGAUCCAGGAGAUUAAGAUGGUGUUGAGGGUUUUGGUGCUGUACAUCCCACUGCCAAUGUUCUGGGCUCUGUUUGAUCAGCAGGGUUCCCGCUGGACACUUCAAGCCACGAGGAUGAACUUGGCUUUUGGGAACACCUUCAGUAUUGAGCCUGACCAAAUGCAGAUGUUGAAUGCGUUGAUGAUUCUUCUCUUUGUGCCCAUCUUUGACCUCAUCAUAUAUCCGCUCGUUGGCCUUUGCAGAAUCAAAGUCACGCCUCUCAGGAAAAUGGCCGCAGGGAUGAUCUUUGCAGCACUAGCCUUCAUAGCGGCCACAAUGGUGGAAGUGAAUGUUGUAAAAACUGUGGUGGAUCCUGCACCUGCUGGGAACUCUCUCCUGCAGGUCUUUAACCUGGCAGGAGGUAAUGUCAGUGUGAAGUUCCAGAGCAGCAACCCAUUUCCAGAGCCAGUCCAAUACCUUCAGGACCCUCCUCAGUAUGAGCUUCUCCCUCUGGGGGCAUCCAACAACACACUGAAGAUUGAAGUCACCUUCAAUGGAAAAACCUCAGAAUGUCACUGUAAAUUUUUCCAGCAGAAGGCCUACAGUCUGAUCUUAUUCUCCCGAAGUGAUGGAAUCAAUUGCACACUUGUGGAAGAUUUCAUACAUAAAAGUAAAGAUGGGAAGCCUUUCCUGAGGUUUCUGAACACACAGCCAGAGGCAAUAAACCUAACUGUUGGAGAUGCACAUUUCCACCUGCUCCCUCAUGACAUGUCUCCUAACAAGACUGUGAAUCAGAACAAUUACCCAGAUGUCAGCUGCACUUCACCGUCAAAGAAGUGCUCUAAUCUGGACCUGGGCCUGCUGGACUUUGGAGCUCUCUACACUGUCAUACUCAUUGAGGAAUCCGGUAAAAUUGUGCCUCACAAGAUGGAGGAUGUCAAAGCCAAUAACGUGCACAUUGCCUGGCAGAUCCCGCAGUACGUCCUCAUAACUACUGGAGAGGUUAUGUUCUCCAUUACAGGCCUGGAGUUCUCCUACUCACAGGCUCCAGCCAACAUGAAGUCAGUGCUGCAGGCCGGCUGGCUGCUCACUGUUGCAUUUGGAAAUGUGAUAGUGUUGAUUGUGGCAGAGGGGGCAGGACUGGAACAGUGGAAAGAGUUCAUCCUGUUUGCCGGCCUGCUGAUCGGCGUCUGCAUCAUCUUCUCCAUCAUGGCUUACUUCUACACCUAUGUUGACCAAGAUCAGCUGGACAAGAUCCACAUGGAGGAUUCAGUGAGGGAGGAAGAAGAUCUAGACGACAGAAAGAAAAAGACUAAUGACCUACAGACGAACAAAAUGGAGAAGAUGACCAAACUGUAGCUGCAGUAACACGGUGCAAGCGCCACAUCUUCUCGGCUGUAGCUGAUUACAUUUGGAUACAAAAGUUUAAGCAUUGAAUUAGUUAUAAGAAGGUAAUGUGCUUUAUUUCAGUUUUAUAUUUGUGAGGACAUUUUCUGUGAUAGUGAAGCACUAAGAUGUGAUGAUUUAUUGUGGUAAGAAGUCCAGUAUUUAUUUGUCACAUCAUUUUAAUGUAUUUGGUAAAACACUCCAGUCGCUUAAAGGAAAGCCUAUUCUGAAAGAGAUGUGGUGUUAAAAGAUGCUAAAUACUGUGAUUUUUCACACUAUGAUCAAUAGGUAUUACAAAUGAAUGUCAAAUAUUUUAUGUAUAUAUUUGCUGCAUAUUAACUCAAUGUCAAAAUUGUUUUUCUAUGAAGCUAAAUAAUCAUAACCUAUGCUGCCUUUGACCAAACACAUGGUUCAGUUUACAUUGUGUGCUUGUAACGGUAAUGAUAUUAAAGGAUCAAAGCUACUUGCAGCUUUGCAUGUUAUAAAUCAUUAAUUUAGGAUCUGCCAGUGAUUCAUAACUCAAAAUUCAUAAUGUUCAUUUGUUCGUUUGUCUUCUGGGCCUGAUUUUCUGAAAACAAAGCUUGUCAUUUCCUAAUGACGUAUCAUCAAGGAAAUUUGUAGCUACUCGUGUUACCAUAAUCAAAGACAAAGGGAAGGUUCACUUUGAGGGAUUCAAAGUUUCAUGUCUCUGCACACUAGACUAAAUUAUAGGCAAGUAGGUGGAAAAAAAAUAAUAAUAAUAAUAACAAGAGACUAAAACAUGCAAAACCAACAGUAUGGUCCUUUAAAGUCAUAAAAUAUUUUUUAUUCAGGGAAGUGUAAAUUUCGGUGCUCCCUGUGAAGUUCUGUAAAUAGACAGUUGUGAUGCUAAAAACUUGUUUUUGUUCCGUUUGAAAUUUUAAACAUUAAAAUGUGCAUGGUUAUCAU